AUGGGGGAUGACGCGCGCAAGAAAACCUUAUACGGCCACAAGUAUGGCGUAUUCAUCGUCGACGAAGCGCAUGUCAUGCGUACCCCAAACGCGGCCUACUGCGCCGCGCGCGAGUUGCGGAAGAUCUCCGUGAUGAGCAUGGCUAUGACAGCAACACCCGUAUUGACUAUGGCAACGGAUGUAUGGCACAUUGGAUGCCUGUUAGGGAUCGCUAAAUUUGACAACGUGGAGAAUGAUGUGAAGCUUCACGAGUACAAGACAAAGCUGGCCGCUGCGCUGCGCGCGGAUCGCAUGCAUGCAAAGUCUAGCGGCGCCGACAAGAACAUCGUCACGCGCGUCGUCCGUGGCAAGGAAGUUAACAAGCUCGUCGAGAGCACCUUUUCGACUUUGGUCGACGAUAUCAUGGAGGACAUCCGCAAACGGUUCGAUGGAUUUGUGAUUCGACGCACUCUGCACUCGGUAGACUGGAGGAAGAAGCCGAUCUCGGGGCUUACGCCGUACAAAGAACAAGUCAUCAUGCUCACACUGGCCGAAGAGGAAUACGCGAAUCUCGACAAUAUUGCUGACGAAGCGGCAAACAAUAGCAAAGGCGGCGCGGUUGUGUACAGCAACGGCAAAUCAUUUUAUCUCGCUGUCCGUCGGGCGCUGCUGCACAUGGCUUGCAAUCCAGAGUUCAUCUGGACAAUGCCGGCUACCCUUCAAGAUUGGCAGACGCAGUCGACCGCCAAGAUCGUCGCCAUGGCUGAUUUGAUCCGCUAUCAUCUCGAAAGUGAUGGGCGGUGCCCUCUCGUCAACUCCGUCACGAACGCGGAUGAUGAAGCAUCUGCUGGUCUUACUCCACGCGCCAAACUACACUUGCACAAUCGCCUCGUACCCGACGCCUCUGACGCUAUCGCCGAAGCCGGUGACCCCGUGAACGACAGCAAACCGGACAAAAUUGUCCUCUAUAUGGCCUUCCCUUCCACUUUUAGUGUGCUCCUGCCUAUUUUGAGGCUCUAUGGCUUCGCGUUCGUUACCGUCACCGGCGAUAUGCCACCAGCUAAAAGGGCGGCAAUGCUCAAACAAUUCGCCCGCGGUGGUCGUGAUGGUGCUCGUCUUCUCAUUCUGUCUGCCGUUGGCUUGGUCGGGGUGAACCUUGCUAUAGCGUGCAUACUCAUCAUAGUCGACACCCUCUGGUCAGCCCAACAGGACCAGCAGCUCAUCGGCAGGCUCUGGCGCGAUCCCCAGGCCAAGCAAGUCCUCGUCUACCGUCUAAUUGCGAGGAACACUUCUGAUGUGUUCUUAAACAACAUCUCCUUCGACAAGUCGAUCAUGCAUCACGCGUUCAUGGGCUCGAGCAUGUCGUUGAAGCGCGUGUUUGAUCCGCAGCUUGAAAUCGACGUCGACGACUCCGAGUUGCAAGGCGAAAUAGUCACAGAUUUCACAGAGGAGCAGAUCGAGCCACCGUGUGUAAGCAAGCCCUCGCGUGGCCGGAAAAUCGCAAAUGCAAAUGAAGAACAUGCAGAAGGGUCUAGCACACCAGAGACGCGCCCAAAGAAAAGCAGAGCCAAGCGAACACAGCAAGGUGAACCUAUGGACAAGGUAGCUGACAAGCCUGGGCCGAAGAAACUCACCGCUGCGGAGAUGGCCGAGAAGAAACAGAAAGAGAAGGCCGAGAAGAGAGCCGCGAAGGAAAUGGAAGAGGCUAGUAAGAGAGCCGUGAAAGAGAAGGAAAAGGCUGAUAAGAAGGCCGCGAAGGACCAGGAAAAGGCCGAGAAGAAGGCCGUGAAAGACCAGCAGAAGGCCGACAAGAAGGCCGACAAGAAGGCCACAAAGGGAAAGCAGAAGGAGAGACCCGCCGCACUUGAGCCUGAGCGAUCGGCCUCUCCAGCUCCGCCACCCACGCGCACCAAGUGCAUACCACAGAAGACCCUGUCUCAGGAAGUCGUAUCAAGCUCGGAUGAUGAACGCCAAGGACGGGUGCUCCGACGAAAUCAGGACCUCGUCGAUGAUUCAGAGGAUGAUGCAGCACUCCCAGGAGCUGAGGGUGACGCGGGGCGCCCUCCUAGCUUGCUUGGACUCCUUGCGCGCACAGACGUGGACGACCUGGAUGCUGUUCCUAAGCAGGCGGACCCAUCUGGGGAUGCGAAGAGUACUCAGCUCCCGGAGGAUAUCGAGUUGAAUGACAGUUAUCCAAAGGACAUUCUCCGGGCCGAUUCCACGAAGGUGAAAUCCACUUCUGGACAGAAUCCGUUUGCGAGCGACCGGCAAGUCCCAACACAGUACUUCUCAGCACGAAGGGUACCACGCCACGGAGGUGGCACUUCCUCCGAAUUACUUGGGUCGUUGACGCCCCCCAUCCGUAGCGGACUCCAGGUCCUCAAUGACCACGUGGCCAUGCUUGACUCCUCGGCGAACCUAUCUCAGACUGCCGCACCGCACGAGACGCAGACCUCCUCACCUCUGACCAGUAUCGAUACUGACGACGUCGGCGGUUCGUCCGCUGCCACUGCCUCCAAGCACCGUGCAGAGGGACCGACUGGCGACUCCCCGCCAGCCAAGCGCCACCACAACCGCCCUUCUUAUGCGCCGCAACGUAUCCCUGCCACCAUCUCUUCGGCACCCAGCUUCGCGCAGUUGCCUAAACCCCGUGCCAAGAGGACGUAG